AGUCCCAGGAGGGUCUAGCAGAGUUAUCAAGUUCAGACGUAUUGCAAAAUAUAAACUGCUUAUAUAAAAAUGCAUGUACUAUAGAAAAUGAAAGGGUAAAGGCUAAUCAAGCAGAAAUUCUGUGUUGGAGAAAUUUUAUUAUAGGACUAAAUAAUAGUAUAAAUAAAACUAGGGAAACAGGAACUGUUGUUAAGUCCAGAGCUAUAAAUCACGUUUAA